AUGUCCAAUUCCAAUCAAGCUCAGACCAACGCCGAGGUCGCCGAGCAGCCUCAACAACAACCCAAGCCUCAAGUACUAGAAGAGGAUGAUGAAUUCGAAGACUUCCCCGUCGAGGAUUGGCCCCAGGAAGAAGCCGAGCAAAAUGCUGGGUCGGCAGCAAACGGUGGCAACGAGCAUCUCUGGGAAGAGAGCUGGGAUGACGAUGAUGCUGCGGAGGACUUCUCAAAGCAGUUGAGGUAUGUAAUGCACCGUCAACAAAUGUCCUUUGAGGAGUGGUCCCGCGGCGCCUGA